AUGUUCGGAAUGUUUCGUAUAACCAAACGAUUGAUCCGUUUUCCGUUGUGGACAAGGGCGUUCUCGGACAGCACGAACCAGUUGGAAUCAAGUGUUCUAACUAAAAUAGAUAGUCAUACAGGUUAUGCGACGGUAGUUUUGAAUCGAGCUCCAGUGAAUGCUUUGAAUUUGGAACUGCUCGUGACGCUUGGCAGCACAAUUGAUUAUUUGGAGCUUGAGAAGGCGAGAGGAAUCAUCCUGACGUCGUUUUCUAAUAAAGUGUUUUGUGCUGGAUUGGAUAUACGAGAAAUGAUUGCGCCGAGUGCUGAAGGAUUGCGCAUAUUUUGGAUAGCAGUACAAAACUUGUGGAUUAAACUUUACGGUACUAGUAUUCCGACUGUUGCCGUAUUGAAUGGACAUGCGCCGGCCGGUGGAUGCAUGCUUGCUAUUGCGUGCGAAUAUCGAGUUAUGUGUCCAAAUUUUACAAUCGGCCUCAACGAAACGGCAUUGGGAAUCGCUGUCCCCCAAUGGCUUCAAACCACAAUGCGAAAUACCAUUGGAAUGCGACAGGCCGAAUUUGCUUGUACGACUGGGAAGUUGUACAGUUCACAGCAGGCUCUCGAGAUUGGUUUAGUAGACGAACUAGCCACCGAUGAACGCGAAGCGAUGAAAAAAGCAAUUGGUUUUCUUGACAGAUUCAAGGAAAUUUCUUCACAAGCACGAUCGAAAUCCAAAUUGCUGCUCAGAAAGGACGAUUUUGAGGAAUUUAAGUACAUCAGAGAAAAAGUAUCUCCUUUACAUCACACACAAAUGUUAUUCAUAAAAAGAUUUAUUAUUUUCGUUUCAGGAUAUUGAAAUGUUUAUUUCUAAUACUAUGAACGCGAAAUUUCAGCAUGAGUUGCAUCAAUACCUUAGCACAUUGAAAAGUAAAAAAUCUGGAUAAAACAUAUUCGAUCGCCUUCAAAAGAGUCAAUGGAUUCGUUGUUGGAAGCACAAAGUGCCAGUGCAGUAAAACUUCAUUCAAUUCAUUUGAAACCGAAUGUGGUACACACUGACGAUCUCUCUACUGCAGUAAACUUUACACUCUAACACACAACCUCCGCUGACGUCCCGAACGGGCAGCAUUCAGAUAUUCAUUCGUUUCUCUUUCAAUCGAAACUCAGCUUAACCACCGUCGGUUGAUCUCUAGAAAUAACGAAAUAUCUCUAUGUAAACAUUCGAAUUGGUUCAAGAUAAUGAAUAAAAGGUGAACCAGU